AUGGCUUCUUCUGAUGUGCCUCCACAACAUCAAUAUGAGUUCGUAGAUUUGCGAAAUAUCACAGAGGGACGUCACAACAUAAUUGCUGUGGUCAAAUUUUUUAAGCCUCCUCAGAAAACCCGGGGCAGUGGCUUUUCUAUGUUUGUAUCCAUAAGUGAUCCAUCCUUGAAGGGAGACAAAUUCAGUGUCACCGUUAUUAAUAACAAUGUCGAUAAACUACCUCCUAUACAUUCUCCAGGAGACAUUGUAAUAAUGCACCGAUUAAGCGUAUCGACUUUUCGUGGACGAUUGCAAGGCUACGGGUCAGAAAACGCCGGUUUUGCUGUAGCGGUUUUUCCUGGCACAGUGGACUCGUCGCUAGCUCCCUACGAAUCUACUUCCACUUGCACUUUUACUGAUAAGGAUUUGUCUCGAGUGAAGGAACUGCGGACUUGGUAUAAUUCACCCGAAUGUCCCCUUGAAAAGGAGGCUCCACAAUCGCUGAGCCCUUAUAAGGCUCAGGCGGAACAUGAUACGCACAAUCUUUCUCGAAUUCACUCGGUCAAGGUGAACUCAUUUUUCAAUACGGAAGCCCAGGUGGUCGCAAUAUACACUUAUCCAACUGAAGUCACCAACGAUCUCAUCCUCUGUCUAUGGGAUGGUGAGCCUCCCAGGGAUGAUUUAGAUCUGUUUCCUUUCUACAAACUUUCGGACUUGGAGCACCCACCUUCCCAAGAUGGAUUCCAGAUGGAUCCCAGACUUAUCUGCAUAACUAGACAUUCCUUUCUGCCAGAAGUGGGCGAUUGGUCUGUAUGCGUCUUCAUCUUUGACGAACAUGCAGAGUCUGUCAGGUCCCUGAAACCUGGGACCCUUAUACGCCUCCACAACCUCCACUGCACCGCUAAAUGCGAUCCUGAUAAACGCAAAGUGGACAUGCAUGGAGGCGGGCAUCGUUAUGGACGUAGAAUCGAGUUGUUGACAGAGGAAACGGCUUCAGCGGAUUUACUGGAGAGGCUGAGGUUAGGUAGAAUGGCGCGGCAACCGCUAAACGCUGCUUCAUUGUCACAGGACAUGGACUGCCUGCGUAUGCUGACAGCAGCACAAUUUUACGUGGUCUUCAACGGGCACAAUCCCACAGAUCUUGGAGCGGUUGGCGAGUCCUCCUCUUCCUUCCCGGUUCGUAUUCGAUUCUGCGGAUGGGUUGUUGAUGUUGUUCCCUCAAAAUCGGAAAACAUUCUUAAUCACUUUCUUCUUAAGCACAUCUGUGAAUGCGAAUCCACCUCUAGCUUUGACGUUUUACCAGUUUUUCUUUUGGAGUUGGCUGACUUCUCAGGACGUGUGAUUGCGGUGUCCUCGACCUGUGGUGUUGAGGCUUUGAUUGGAGCCCAUUUCCCUUCCUUUCGUGCGUGUUUACGAACCGUCUUCAAAGGUGCAACUGUGGAGGAGCGAGUCAAAGCCGCUGAGGAAAUUAAAGAGGCCUGGACUGCUUGUGUUGGCGGUUGGGUUGAUGCGACACUGCUGGUUUUGCAGAACAGUUGCCAGAGUGAAGCUAAAGUGGUUUAUCUUGAAGGCUGA